AUGAACUCUGCUCGGACUCGAAGUCGAAAGUCAGUAGUUGUAGUCCACGAGCACUGGAGAAAGUCAGUGGGGGUCCCACCUGCAUGCCUACCGUUCUCUAUCGUCUUGUGGACUCCCCUAAAUGAAAAAUAAAAUGUCACCUUCGGUGUCCCCUCGCUUUUUUUUCCGAAAAGGAGGUAGCCAAACAUUGCACCAAGGAAUCGUGCUGGGUGUUGUUAGGGACGCGCGUCUACGAUGUGACCGGGUUCCUCCGGAUGCACCCGGGCGGAGAGGCGCUCAUCCUCCGCCGCUCUGGCAGGGACAUCAGUCCCGAGAUCGAAGGACCCCCACACCGGCACUCGGAGAACGCCCGGCGCUGGAUGGAGCAGUACUACAUCGGUGAACUCGACAGAGACAGCACAGAUGAAGAUACGGGGACUCUGAGACAGAGGAAGAAGAUCCCCGAAAGCACCACAGAAGAAGAAGAAACCUCGGCCAUCAAUAAGUGCAGCAAAGUCGAUGAAGAAACGGAUCUGGUAGACUGGCGGAAGCCACUGGCCUGGCAGGUCGGAUAUCUCGGAGAGAAAUAUGACACGUGGGUCCAUCAGCCUGUGGACAGACCGAUCAGGCUGUUCGAGAAUGACUUUUUCGAGGCCAACACAAAGACCUCAUGGUACAUGGUGCCGAUUGUAUGGAUGCCUGUGGUGAUCUUUCUGAGCUGGUACUGCUACACGUUACUGGCACAAGAGAGGACAAGACUGUUUAUUACAUCAGACUACUCCAUUCUGGUCCACAAGUACAGCUUUCCGUUCAUCUUCAUGUUCGGCAUGUUUCUGUGGUCGUUCAUCGAGUACUGCAUCCAUCGCUUCGUCUUCCACAUGCGCCCGCCCGCCCACAAUUAUUACCUCAUCAUGCUGCACUUCCUGUUGCACGGUCAGCACCACAAGUCUCCGUUUGACGGCUCUCGUCUGGUGUUUCCUCCGAGUCUGGCCGCCAUCGUCAUUGCCGCUUUUUACCUGAUACUCAGGCAGAUGUUGCCUGAGGGUCUGGGAACCUCCCUGUUCGUCGGGGGUCUGUGUGGAUACGUGGUCUAUGACAUGAUCCACUACUACCUGCACUACGGCUCGCCACGGAAGGGCUCCUACUUGUACGGGCUGAAAGCAUACCACGUCAAACACCACUUUGAACACCAAAGAGCAGGUUUUGGCAUCACCACCACAUUCUGGGACUACCCCUUCAACACCGUCAUCCCCGAGCAGACGUUUUAGAAGAGCUUUUUUUUGCCACAAUGACCAAAUCAAAAUCUCCUAAACAAACUCCCAUAAGCCUCCCUCUUCCCCACUCUCCCUUUAUCACUGUGUUAGGUUCAGUGUCUUACCCUGCUGCUGCUGCUACCAGCUAUUAGUCUUAGGUUCACCAUUAUCAUCAUCAUAUUCAUCAAUUAUUUAGAGAAGGGGGAGUGCCUGAAACAAACAGAAUCACAGAAUGUCAAGCUAUAUAAAUAUUUAUAUACUAUGUGUGAAUGUACUGACGAUUCAGAACGUUGGAUUAAAUCUGUAAAUGUCUUUUAUUAGAGGCACAAGAAUAUCGAACUCAAUUUUUGCCCAUCCAUGUAAAGUAAACCGAUGUAUAGACAGGGAGCCGGUAAGUGUGGGACGGUGCGUGAAGGUGCGAGUGGACAUGAUUACUUAGUUGUAGUGUUAAGAAGCUGAAGGCUAGCAGAAGGAGGUCUUUCGGUGGCCAAGUGCGCCAUUGCCUUUAAGGGAAACUCAGGAAAGUCUCAGACGCUUUAAUUCUUCUCAGUGUUGAUGCUCCGACCGCUUACGGAUCAUCGCUUUCUUCCCCCAGCUGUCAAUCAGAACGUUGCUCCGCCCUUAUUGUGACAUCACACCCGUUUCAUUCUGCUCAGGUGAUCUCCCUUUUCUUUUUCAUCUCACCCACUUGUUUUUUUGCCAAUCGACAUUCUUAUAUCCGGAUCUGGAGGACGUCACAAGUAGCUGCUCCUCGAGUAAUAUGUUACAUAUCCAGUGAGAUAUUAAGUUAUUGAGGAUUGAAGCUAGCUUUUGGUUUGAGCUCAUGGUGAGGGCGUGAAGCGGGGUGUACGGGCCUCUCCUGCUGGUGAGGGUUGCCAUUAUUAAUGUAGAUCCAGCCGGCACAACCCUUCCAUCUGGUGUGACGAUCUGUUGCAUCUGACCAGGCAUCAGGAGAGCGAGGACAUCCUCGGCUGAUCUCUCACCCCGUUCAUAUGGCAGAUCUGUUCACUUGUAUUGUUUCCUGCUCGUUUCAGCUCUUGUCUUUGUCUUGAGUCAAUGGUUCAAUGAUGUUGAAAAUAUCCUAGAAAAGCUGUGACCACAUGUAACUCAGCUUUACACAGUCAUUUCAAGCAUAAUUAAUGUUUCAGAUGAAUAAAUAUAUAUAUGAUAUUUAAGUAAAAAUGAUCCUGAUGUGCCUUAGGGGCAUUGCCUACCUUCCUGCUCUUUCCGAACCAAUUGGUUGGUCGUUUUCCGCCAAAGACAUGGAAGGACCUUUGAAUAGAGCUUUUCUUCAUACCGUGAUUCUGCUGGCACAACGAAACUAAUAAAAUGCAAUGGACGUUGUAAUGAUUUUUGAUUCUUUUGUAACUGUGACACCAUCCUGGACAGAUCCUGUGUCAUAGGAGAACGCUUUCAGUUGAGGCAAGUCAACAGAGCAAUAUAUUCAUCUGUUUACUUGUAAUCACAUUGAGAGCUUUUAAUUCAGAAUACAAUUUUCAGCUGUAGAUGCCUCUAAUAAAUCUGUUUACUACUAUGUGUUUUUAUUUUGGAAUUUUAAAUUUCUAUGCAAAUGCAAUUGUAUUUGUAAAUAAACUGUAUAUUUCUGAGGA